AUGCAGCGGGUGCGCACCAACCGCCGGAGGCUCCUUGGCUCCUCGUCCAGCGACUCGAAGAAAGCCAAGUCAGAUUGUUCCAAGGCCUUCGUCCAACUCAAUCGGCCAGUGGAAAGCCCAGCGAUGGCAAUCCCAAUGUCGGUACCCGUGUCGUCUCUGCCAUCCACUGCCGACGACCAGGCUCGUUUGCCACUGGCAGCCACGCAAGCGUCCGCUGCUGCGCCGCCGGCAGCGACUGGGCCGGCUGAGACCAGACGACAGUGGAAGGACUCCUCAGAUGCUCGGGGCACCGUUGUCGAGAAGCUACGGGAGCGCCUGGACACGCUGCGAGAUCCCAGGCCUGUCAACCUGGACAUGGCACGCUGCAAGCAUGAGCUUCGACUGGGUGAGGAUGCGCUGUACUUCCCCUUUCCGCCCAUGCCUCCGCAGUGCCAGGUUGCGGCCUAUGCCGUGAGGGCAUGUGACCGUGGGGGUAUCGCCAUGCUUCAGUCUCCCACAGGAACUGGAAAGAGCUUGGCGCUGCUUUGUUCGACGCUUGCUUGGCAGAGGAGGCGGCUCCUGGCGACGGGCUCUGCGCCACAGAUUCUCUAUGGUGUUCGCACGCAUGCGCAGCUGAGCCAGAUUGUCACCGAGCUUACGAAGUCUGCUUACAGGCCCCGAAUGGCCGUCAUCGGCAGCAGGGACCAGCUUUGCAACAACGGACUUGUCAAAGCACAGGCAGCUCAGCGACAGGUGGCCCUGAGCCUGGCCUGCCGGCAGGCAGCGCGGCAGGCGGUUGCUCGGAGCCGAACCCCCGGAGAUUGCGGCUGUGAGCUCUACGCAGGUCUUGGCAAUGCGAGGUUUGCCGAACGCAUCCACGAGCAAUGUGGACAGGGGGGCCGGAUUUGGGACGUCGAAGAUCUCACCAACGCAUGCAGUCGAGGUUCAGACCGUGGGUGUCCGUAUUAUUCGUCGCACGUACUGGCCGGCGAUGCAGACAUCGUCUUCUGCCCGCACAACUACAUCCUCGACCCUGCUGUCUCGAAGUGCAGAUCGCACCAUCGGGAGCGCUGGUCACUGGAAGGCCGGAUCAUCGUUAUCGAUGAAGCACACAACUUGGAGCAAGCUUGCCGCGAGGCGGGGAGCCUCCAAAUUUCGCUGCCGGAGCUUCGGCAGAUCUGCCGGGCUCUGCGCCAGAUGCCACAAAGGCACGACAUGCGCUUCGGAAGUGAUGGCAAGAACUGGACUUGCGCUCAGGCCGCGGCUGAGUUGGAGCGCCUGCCGCUGCAGAUCGCUGCCUGGUUGGAGGCGCAGCAUGCGUCGGACACGCCUCGUCCGCUCCGGGGUGCGGUACAGCGCCUUUGGGGCCUCGAGGCCCCGGCGCAGCCGGGGGCGAAGCCGGCGGCGAAGCCAGGGGAGGCGGCAUCCUCCACGCGCGAUUUCCUGCAGAGUGCCGGCUUGACGUGUCGGAAGCUCUUAAGCAAGGGCAUGGAGGACUGGGGUUGCCACCAGGAUGGGUUCGGGUUCGAAGUCUCUAGAAUCCCAGAGCUCAUGUCUGAGUGUUUCGUGCUUCAGCAGUGGUACGGAGGACAUUUUGCAUGA